AUAUGCAAAUCACGUCAGUGUACUAAAAUUAUGUAUUGAUAUAUUCUUAUUAAAUUAUCGUUGAUUUUUGGAACUUACUCAAAUAUAAAUUGAGGAAUAAUGCUCGGAAAAAGGAAAAUACUAUGUGAUGGAAAAUAAACAGUCUCCAUCCAAGAAGAAACUGAAAUCGAUACAAGAGGAAAAAUUUAUACGUGAAGUUGAUUACGAUUCCUUUGCUGAGGGUUCCUCUCACCCACCUAAAAAACUGUUACUAGAAAUUUUUCAAAGAGGAUCGCCUUAUGACAAUUCAUCCCAAAAAGUUUUAGUUUCCAUAAAACCAAGAGCACCUGCAAUUAAAACUUUAUAUAUUGCCGAGAAAAGUAGAUUUCAUACAAAAAAGCAUACUGAAAGAUCUGGUUCAAGGCUUGCCAUAGGAGAUCAUUCAUCGCAUACAACGUGUUUCAGCGAAGAUGAUUCAAAUACAGUUAACUCUAUAGUUUGGGGACCAACGGUAUAUGUUGAUUCAACAAAAAGUGAAAUAAUUACUGGCAAAAGUUCAAGUAGUUCUCUCCCAGCAGAGAGUUCUACACUACAGAAUUCAAAAUGUUCAAAUACAGAUGUUUCUUAUCAAAAUGUCGUCUAUAAUCCAAAAAAGAGAUCAGCCGAAAAAUGUUACGUUUAUACUCAACCCCCUUUAAAUAUGUCACGCCCUAAUCACAGUAAAAAUACCAAAGAAUGCAAUUUAAACAAAGUUGACAUCGGCACCUUAGUUGUCACAAACCCACCUGACGAUAUUCCUCCUCACAAUAUUGUUAAUUUAAACAGACGAAUUGAACACUUAGAAAGAAAACUGCUGAGACAAGAAAUGGUUUUCCGGUCCCUAGAUCCCAGUAUUCCAUUGUCUUCGUCUGACGAAGAAUCUAAGAAUCAUAUAAUGAGAGUUAAUUCAAACAACCCAAGUCCUGGAUGUAGCUACGUUGAAUAUAGCCACGUGCCAAAAACUUCCGCAUUCCAGCGUUACACUCAACAACCCGCUCCGUUGUCCGCAAGCAAAGCUACAACUAUACAAAAAGAACAUAAUUCAGAACAAUAUGGCCGUGAUUUCACAUUAUAUGAUGGUAUUACUGCAAGAGGUAGACGACAGUGUGCAUCCGUGCCUUGUAAGCGAGAUGCUGGGUCUAAGAUGGCUGCUGAAAGGGUACAUAAAAUAAGACAUAAAUUAAAUCCAGUUCGAGAUUAUCGUCUAAUGGACACUGUACAUUACUUGGCUCAAGGGGAGUUUGCUCCGCGAGACGAUGGCAUUAAGUUAACACCAUCUCGAGAAGCUGUGCUAAGUGAUAUUAUAUGGGAAGAUGUAUGCCGCACUCACUGGCCUAAUGCACGCCUUGCUCGACGUAUGGGUCACCCUGAAAGAUAUGGACCAAGAUCCGAACUGCAACGUUUAAUUGAUAGUUUACUAAGAGAACGUGUAGCUCAUGUUGAACGCAGAAGACGGCGACAUUACCGUAUAGUUAAAUUAAACCAUCGUCAUGAAAGUUGUCGACCUUUAGGUAAAACCGGUGAUAUAAUCGUAGCAAGUCACAAAAGCAGACAAAAUACAGACGAAAGAGAAGUAGCUCUCAGCGAUCAUAACGCUGUUAACGAGUUCGUUUCAGAGAGGAGACGUAAUGAGCGACAUUCUCAUAGACAACACAGAAGCCAUGAUCGUCUAAUUUUUCCAGAAACAAGAAAUAGGAAGCAAUUCAGACAAGAUGACUGCUCACCAGGCACGAGUUAUGCAGCAGACAAUUCUACGGGGAAUAGAGAACCAACUUGUUGCUAUCAUGCAUGUAGCCCUAGCAAAGCUCAGAGGUGUCCUUUGACGGAACCAAAUUACUCUGGUAAAAUUGACGAUGAACUGGCAAGAAAUAGUAGUAAAACAUCAGAAAAGGUUAGAAAUAAAAAUCCUCGCCUCGUAGUAAAGAAGAAUUCUUCACGAAAAAAAAGCUGUACUAAAGAGGAGCCUAAUCUCGAGCACUAUAUUUUGUUACCAACACUAGUAGUAAAAUCUCCCUCGAAUAUGCGUCGACAGAAAAAGUUUAACGAAUUAUAUCAUCGCAUACUCAAUGUACAAUUAAAUCAAGAUCGAGACAUCACAGAUACAAAACCUGAAGUUAAUCCACAAAAGAAAGACGUUGGUUUGAAUAUAAACAUCACACUUUCAAACAGUGAAGUAUAAAUUUCAAAGUAGCUAUGUUUUGAUUCAUUAACAUUAGAUAAACAAGUUAUCUUCACGUUAUAACCAACAUAUAAUAUCUUUUUCUAUUUACAAGAUAAUACAAAUUCUACAUAGUUUUGUGUUAUUACUUUUUAAUAAUAUAUAUCAAACAUAUGUAUGAGCCCUUUUUUUAACCUAGAAUACAUCGUCUGAAGAUUUUCAUCUAAUAUUUUUAGUAAUGAAUGAUGAUUAUUUUUGGAUAAAAGAUCAAAGCCUCUUAAAUUUUACGUAUUAUUAUUACAAAGUUAGUACUUUACUUUUGGGAACUUUUGAAGAUUUAACCAUUAGCGACGUAAACUAUAUAUUAAUGUAUAACAGAAUUCUUUUCAACGUAUACACUGUAACCAAUUUGUAAUUUAAUUAAUUUAAAAACGUCUGCCACCUCACCGGUCAUUAAUAACGCGUUUUUACGAAUAGUUUCGUUUUUAACAUCUUGCCACAUCACGAACAAUGAUGAUGUCAAGUUAUGCUAUUAAUUUCACGGAACACGCACGCAAAUUUUCAGUAGAAACCCAUAAUAAAAGCCGGGUUAUUCAUGCAUUUUAAAUUUUAUGAUAACUAUUUAUAUAUUUUAUGUUUGGACAAAUGAGUAGAUGUUGGUUACUAUAAAUGUA